CACAUCUCCACUCUCUCCCCUGCAGCUGAAGCUCAAACACCUCCUGAACCUUCAUCAUCAUGACAAGCUUUUCCUCCAGGUCUCUUGGCGGUGGCUACAUGGCCGGCGGCGGCGGCGGCGGCGGCAGCUAUAGCAGCAUGAGGAUGUCCUCUGCCUCCUCUGCCAUGUCCAUGUACGGCGGCGGCCGCAGCAGUGGAGGCGGAGGCGGAGGUGGAGGUUCCAGCUACAGCUUUGGCUUCGGCGGUGGAGCCGGCUUUGGUGGUGGAGCCGGCUUUGGUGGUGGUGCAGGGGGCGGAGACAACAUGAACAUCUCAGCCAACGAGAAGGCUACCAUGCAGAACCUGAACGACCGUCUGGCCAGCUACCUGGAGACGGUGCGCAAACUGGAGGCAGCCAACGCUGAGCUGGAGAGGAAGAUCAAGGAGUUCCUGGAGAAGAAGACCUCUCCAUCUUCCAGAGACUACAGCGCCUACUAUGUCACCAUCGCAGAGCUGCAGGCUAAGAUCCAGCAGGCCACAGUAACAAAUGGUGGGAUCUACCUCGCCAUCGACAACGCCAAGCUGGCUUCUGACGACUUCAGACAGAAGUACGAGAACGAGCUGACCAUGCGUCAGUCAGUGGAGGCGGACAUCGCCGGGCUCAAACGACUCCUGGAUGACAUGACCCUGGCCAGAUCGGACCUGGAGAUGCAGAUCGAGGGCCUGAAGGAGGAAAUGCUCUACCUGAAGAAGAACCACGAGGAGGAACUUCUGGCCAUGCGUACUCAGAUGAGCGGCCAGGUGAACGUGGAGGUGGACGCUGCUCCAGGACAAGACCUGGCCAAGAUUAUGGAGGAGAUGAGGGAGCACUAUGAGGCAGUCGCCGCCAAGAACAACAAGGAACUAGAGGCCUGGUUCCAGACCAAGUCAGAAUCGCUCAACAAAGAAGUCGCCGUCCACACAGAAACUCUACAGACAUCAAAGUCAGAGAUAUCAGAGCUAAAACGGACGUUACAGGGCCUGGAGAUCGAGCUGCAAGCACAACUCAGCAUGAAAUCCGGUUUGGAAAACACGCUGGCUGAGACGCAGAACCGCUACUCCAUGCGCCUGUCGAGUUUCCAGCAAAGGGUAAUGAGUAUGGAGGAACAGCUGACACAACUGAGAGCCGACCUGGAGCGGCAGGGACAGGAGUACCAAAUGCUUCUAGACAUUAAGACCAGGUUGGAGAUGGAGAUUGCAGAGUACAGAAGACUUCUGGAUGGAGAGGCAGGCAGCGGCGUCACUUCCUCCACCUCCUCCACUACCGCCUCCGCCGCCAGCUCCACAAGCACCACCACCACCAAGACCAGGUACGUCGUCGUAGAAGAGGUGUUGGUGGAUGGAAAGGUGGUGAGCACCUCCACACAGGAUGGCUAGCCAGCUCACGCAGGGGAAGCUGUCACAGAAACAAACACGGAAAACUAAUUCUGCUGAGGUGCUUUGAAAUAAAAAGAACUAAAAAAA